AUGGAUGAGUUUGAGGGAAGACUGGCGGGGCUGGUGCGGUCUUAUCAGCAGUUACUGAUACUCCUUGAGGAGUUACAAAGACCACCAAAUGGCACAGAAUUCAUGGAGGGAGGUAGCAGAUGUCAUGGCUAUCAACGAUCCGAAUGUCUGCCAUAAAAGGUGGAAAAACCUACUUCUUCUUCUGUUUUUUGCUACUUCCUAUUGUAUUUUUUCUCUACCGCCUCCUGUCUUUGCUGCGAAUAUUGCAACCGAGAAAGCGCAUAGCAUAAACGCCUGUGAGCUGCCGAGGUGUGCGCACCAUCUGCGAACGGAGUCAGGCGACAGUAUACAGUAAGCAGGGCUUUACCAAUGUAUAUCAAAGCCAAGAGGGAAGACAUACUACUUUGUCCACAGGGGGUGCCAAAUCUACAGGUUCCUCAGAAAAGCUUUAAAGGGCAACUUCCCCCAGUUAUCACUUAAAGUUUCUCUUUCCCUCUCAGCUCAAGACCAUUGUUUCAGUCAACAAUUUAGGCUAGUUUCAAAAGUUUAAAAGUGACAAAUAAGAUUUAAAUCCAUGCAUACUGCAAUAAAAAAGAUGCAUUAGCAGGUCGAACACUGUAAGAUGGAAUAAUUUGCCAAGCCUCAAAGCAUUUGGUUUAGAUUUCCCAUAUCGUUGAGGAAUAUCAACAGACUUCAACACAUGAAAAUAAGAGUCUUAAAAAGGAUGUUUUUCUUGUUGAAAGCACAAAGAGUUCAAAUCAUUUUUGGAAGCACAGUUGGCAUAAUUUAACUAUUUUGAAGAAAACUUUUGAGUCCACUUCACUUUCAAAGAUAGAUGUGUAUUUUAUGACUGCUGUUUGAUUGCUACAUCUCACAAUAGUCUUGCAGUGAGAGAUAUUCUCUCUACCAUUUGAUUGCGCUGACUCUUUGAUGGUUAAUUCAUCCGAACUCAGCUCAAGUUUCCUGAUAGCUUAUCAGAUAUUUUACAGGAAAUCUAACCCCGUCAAACAGGCGACUCAGCUGAGAUUGUGACGAGAUAUAAAGUUUGUUUGCUUCACCUCUGAAGUCAGUUGCCUUCUUGUAACACGUCUCUGCACUUGUGAAUUUUUGUACGGCAGACUAAAAAAGCUGAAAAAUUGAAUUUUAUCUGAUUGUUUUGUCGUUAUCACCGCCAUCCAAUGAUGAGAACGCCACAAAGAGAGCAGCUGUCACACAGAUGCUUGCUGACCACUGGCUAGAAACCCUUUUUAUUCUGUGCCCUAUAAUUUCACUUGACAUUAAUUGGCAGGUUCCUAUCUAAACUCUGCAUUCCACCCACAUGCCCUCCACCAUUGUAAUGUAAACUACAAUUCUAUUCCAAGAGAAAAUUGGUCCCUUUGUGUUAGCUGGGGGAAUUAUGCAACAAGCAGGACCCGUUCGUCAUUUUAAUUGCCACAGUGCUCAGAAAAAGUUUUCCUUUUCCCCCCAUCCUCUUACUGCAAAGUAGCUAUUGUUAGUACGGAAAUGAAACAUUAGAAAACAGUGAGAUGUGUUGUGUGUGUGGGUGAGGAGAGCGAGGUGAGGAGAUGCUGUAAGGUGAUGUGAUGCCGCCGCUUUAACUUGUAAAAGUGACAGAAAUAGGUGAGGGGAGAUUUCGAAUAUGAAAUGAACUUUUGCACUUUGGAUUUAUUUGUUUGGGUUUUCACAGCGCAGUCUGGUCUCUGAGUUGGACACGACAACAAACUGGUGCAGCAGACCUUUUCUGCUCUCCUCGCUAAUUAUGCAACAGGAAUGUUGCUGAUGUAAUAUUGUUGUGGAUUAGAAAAAAAGCACUGUUUGUUGCAUGGAACUGUGAUUCCUUAGAGGGAUCUGUAGCAGAGCUGCGGGCUGUAGAGAUAAUCUUAGCCUUCACACUAGUUGAUGCACAUUUUAAGUAGUGGAUGUGCAAAAUUCAAAGCAGAAAGGGUUUACUUUGCAUGUUCAUCACCCUAAAUGUCAAAAGGCUCAUGUUUGUAUGACACAUUUGUCUAAAAAACUAAUUCAACCUCGGGCUCGAGUGCCUCUGUUCUGCCCCAUAUGACUGAAGGGCUUUUAAAUUAUAUGAACUCUUCUGCUUUUGUCUGUUGUGUGUCUGUAUGCCGUUUUGUGUAUCUCUGGGCCAUUGUCACCCUUUUAGAAAAAAAACUAACAAACUGUGCCUCUUUACUUUGUGAAGUGCCGAGCCUCUCAUCUGGAGUGUGAUUCAGUUUUAAUGAGAUGGAGGUGAAUGAGGAGCUGGCCAGCCUUCAUAGGAGGAACUAAAAAAAGGGAAAAGCUGAUGUUCAUUUCUCUAUUCUCGUCGCAGGAAAAAUGCUGCAGGGGAGAGUGGGGUAAGUUGAGCCACCCCCUGUUGAUUGGAAAUGGUAAAAGAAAUUGAUCAUGUGACCAAAUAUUUAGGAGAUGGGCAUCAAUUCAUGGAGUCUGUGAAGGUUAGAUGCACAUGGGUGAAGGGGUUAGACAUUAAUUUACAAAAAAAAAACAACAUUUUUCACUCUUGAAAGUGAAUUUAGUCUGUCAUUAGUUUUAUUAGAAUUGUGUUCAGACCAAAAAAGAUCAUUUUAAAUUUGUUUUAUACAUCAAUUGUGGUAUCUGUGAGCUACAACAUGAGGUCAAAAACCUAAUAUAAAAGUCCACCAUUUUAGCCCUUUAAUGCCUGAAACCAUAAAAAAAUUCAAAUGCCCUUAAAAUUUAAAAAUGUAUUUAUGUUUGAUACAUUAGAUGUUUUUAGAAACUACAAGAGGACAUUUUAAUCAUUUAUCAGACUGUAAUUAGGUGUUUUUUUUGUAAUUUGUUGAUCAUAUUGAUUUGAUAGAAGUAUACAAAAGCUUGUAUCAAAUAUGAUACAAAAGGCAUUAAAGGGUUAGCUUAGAGGACUAAUAAAGUCAUAAAAGUAGUUCAGGAGUAAGUUGAGCCAGUGGUUCAACUGAGAAAGUAAAGGAGUCUGAUGAGAGGAUCAGAGUUUCAGUUCACAUUGUUGAAAUGUGUUACUUUAUGUUUUCAAAAAUACAGCUGUGAAUGUUCUGAAUCACUUAAAGGUAUUCUCAUGUUAAAAUGUCUUUUUACAAAACAGCUUUUUAGCAGUUAUAUGCAAUGAAAGUAAUAAUAAUAAUAAUAAUAAUAUAAUGCAUCAGAUUUCAUAUAGCGCUUUCUCAGAGCCCCUCAAAGAGCUUUACAUUGAUUACAUCAUUCAUUCGCUCACACAGUCACACCUUGAUGGUGGUAAAUUAUCAGUAUCACAGCUGCCCUGGGGCAGACUGACGGACGCGUGACUCCGACAUCCACCACACAACACUCACAAUCAUACACCAGUGGAGGACACACACUGGGAGCAAGGUGGGUUAAGUGUCUUGCCCAAGGACACAAUGGUCAGACUUGGGAUGAGGGGUAAUCGAACCACCAACCUUCCAGUUAUUGGACAACUUCUCUACCUCCUGAGCUACUGCUGUCCCGGAAGAGUUGUUGUACCAGUUGAAUAGCGUGUAAUAGAUAAAAAUGCACGUGAAUGUGAAGAAGUGACUGUUAUUUAGGGAGAGAGAAGUUGAGGAAGGGCUGGGGUGGAGAGUGGGGGGUAGUAGGGAUACGGCUCAACUUACUCCAUACACAGGGUAAGUUGACCAUAUGAGACCACUUUUUUGGUAUGCUAUAUUAUUAAGACAGUUAUGUUUACACUCAUUCUGUUGGUUUGCAGAUACACUAUUUAGAGACAAAACUGAUUGUCUUGAUGUAGUGAUCCUAAAUAUGAAAAAUGGCUCAUCUUACCCCACUCUCCCCUAAUCUUGUAGUCUUUUAAGCAUUUUUAAAUUCCCUUAUCUGGAAGUUUAGCUAUUAUCAAAAGUUAGAUUGCACCUCUCAACUCAGCUCCACAGGAAAUGUCAUUGAGUGACUCACAAAAAAGACGAAUAACGAGACGCUGGAGACGGAAAUUGAGUUUAAUGCACACAUUUAUAACGUUUUAAAGCUGCUUAACACGAGAUUUCUCUCCGCUUUCGCACAGAUAGCUAGUGUUAUUUCGAGUUCCCCCCUCUGUAUCUGCGCUGUAACUCUCUCAAACAGACGCUUUGUCAGGUUUUAUGAGAGGUGCGGGCGCAACCUUCAUUAGAGCUGUGGAGCUGCUCAGAAGAGGCUGCAAGCGCGCAAUUCCACGCUCCACCGGGGGGAUUUAUCAACAGAUCUUCUUUCCUCAAGUUAAUUUCACGAACUUUUCAACGAACCUUUGCUAUAAAUAGGAGAUUUAAUACAUAAAAAUACGUCCGGUUCCAGUUUAACGUAGAUUGAGCGCCUCUCGAUGCAGGCGAUAUUGUCACACAGGAGGAGGAGAAUCCUUAUCGGAGAUCAUUGCUCUCGCUAGUUGUGGACAUCUAAGCACUACUACUGGGCGGUAGGUUCUAUUAUCACACCGGUCUGUGGGCUUUUUUUUUAAGCUACCCACUGUUUCACAACCGCAGGCACGAGUUGGAGAGCACAGAGGAGAGAGUUUGGCACACUUGCCAAAUGCGAGCAGGACUUCAGAACCAAGGACAGAGGCAAACCGCUGCCUGGCAAACAUGCUCAAAGUGAACCACAUCUGGACGAGGCUUGUCACGUGAAGAUCUGCAGCGUGGUCGUCGCAGGGUUCGUGGGGGGGGAAAAAAAAGACCUGCAGAUACAUCAGAGGAGAGACGUCUUGAGCUUCAAAGAGGUAAGAAAUAUUCACUUUGCAUGUCGAUUUUUACGCAAAUGUGGGUUUUUCUCACGUUACCUGCUUGUCUUGAUUGAUUGGCUGUAUUGCAACCUCAACUUCACUGGCACUAGAUUUAUCCUUUAGGCACUUUCUUUCUUUAUUGUAAUGAAAUCUCUAAUGGUGCCUCCAAACUUGCCAAACAAUGCCCAUACUUUACGCAAAAGUGACCAAAUGUGUGAAGUUGUUCCCCACUUGACCCAAAUGAAUCUCGAGCAGCAGUCACAAUAAUCCCUAACUAGAAAUUACAUAAUCUAAUAUCAGACUCAAGCCAAUCACUGCUUUUGUUUUCAGUCACAGCCAAAAAACAAUGGAAUAGCACCCUACUGUGAAAGUAAUUGGACUUCUUUCAGCUUACAACACCCAUCUGAGAGUUCUCUUUGUUGGAAUAUGUUGGCUGUAAUGAAAAAAUGGACAUUAAUUUUCUGUCAGUAGGAGGAUGGGCUGUAUGUAGCAGGAGGAUUUCUCUGGAAGAAAAGUGGCUGACAGUGAUAAAUUGGUCUACCUCCACCAUGUCUCCAUGGGUGUUGUUAACAUGUUAUUAUUAGAUACUCUCCAUCGUUCAGUCUUCAAAGACGUGUUCUCAUCCUCGUGCACUUUGUCUCUCUCAGAUUGACUUUGUCUCUGCAAGUGUGUGAUCAUUUCAAAAAGUCCUCUGUUGUUUUCAGAGUUUAACAGCCCAACGACCAGAUUCCCCGCUGCUAUUUUCUGAUAAAAUUAUGCACUUGAUCUGCGUUCAAAUUCACACUCAGCUGGCUGCUUUCCACCACAGAGGCUUCCUAAUUCCUUCAGCUGACACGUCCAGGUGGAGGAAUUAACUGUGCCCUGACUGGAGAUGGUAGAGUGAUAGGGAUCAUUAGUAGACUUUUUCUGUACUUACACUUUAUUAGCAGUAAAUAUAACACAUCCUUUUUUGGACAGGUGCUCCGAAUCCUUCUAACGAUAUGAGAAAAAUCAUGAAGUUAGAUUGUCCAGGUGGCUUGUUAUCGUUCUUACCUGAGGCGCCAGGUUGGCGCAGUUGUGUUGAGUGCGUGAACAACCUGUUUGUAAUUAAUUUUGCUUACUUUUCUGAAUACCAUACACCACUUUAAUGUCAAACUCUAGCUCUCUUCAUUCAUUUUUUUGCCAAUUUAACCAGACAAGACAGCCACCUUAAUAUUUGAUAUCCCUGUGUCUUCUCAUUGAAGAAAAUGUGACAGCCUGUUGUUAUGGCUGUGAUAAAUUACUACAAAGAUAACAUUAACUGAACAUUUUGCCUGUGGAUUAUGCAAAAUUAUCAUAAUGUGGUCACAUGAAUGAAUACAUAUUUAAAUAAGCAAUUCUCCGCUAUGAAUUAUCUUCCUGCCAUGUCAGUCAUGUAAACAAAAGAAAGCAAUAUUUUAGAUUACUCUCAUGGGAAGAGUGCUGCACUUGGGCUGGUAUUACACAGACUAAUGAGUCGUGGCUGAUGGAAUAGAGUCUAAAAUUUAAUGUCAUGUAUUAACAAAAAGGAAAACCGAACAAGCCAAGGUGUUUGCAUCGAAAUUAUACAGUUUUAAAAACACCUCACUGAUUUUUUUAUUAGCUGUGUAUCAUCGGUGUACGAACAGAUGGCUCGUCUCUUAUUUCUACACCCUAUUCCAUGGUCAUGAAUAGCACAUUUCUCCAUACACUCAUACUUGCAUAUGUAGUACUACAGCCGAACAUGCCAGUCAGCGUCAUCGCUGUAAGCCACUGUGCAGUGAGUCAUACAUCCCCCACGAGGAAAGAUCUUCCUAAAGCUUGUGUUUGCUUGUGCUGAUGAAAUGCUGUCCUAGGCGUGAGCAUUUCUUUAGUAGCUGGUUCACAACUGAGAAAAGCUUACUGCCUUUACUUUUUUUUGAACUCACCUUUCGGAGGGAAUAUUGUGCUCAGACAUAUGGGGGCAUCCGGCUGAGUGUGAGCGUGACAGUCAUUUCUACAUCAAGGUACUUCUAAUGAUGUGAUCCGAGGAUGAGAGGAGCUACUUCUCAACUAAUCAGAGUCUAUGAUUUGACACUCAGGCGAGCUGAUAAGAAUGUUUACACAUACUUUUAUUUUCAUUCCUGCUGUAUCUGAUGACAAACCCAGCCUCUAUUUGCACUUCUUAAAGGUUUCGAAAUGCUCCUCUGGACCCCCAGCCUCUCUCUGACCUAUAUGGCUUGCCUAAUUGGCUGUUCCUUAUUGGACCAUUAAUCCACACUGCAACGCCGUCGUUGCAACCAGAAAGCCCCCAUCUGCUUUUGCAGACAGCACGUGGGAGCAAUUAGACUUUUUAUGUUCACUCCUCAGUGACUUUUCCACCUUGAUUCAAAGAAAAGGUCAGAUGUGGGGAAGCUUUUCUAGCACAUCCCCUCACGUGGUUUUUCAACAAGUAACCUUGCAACAUAAAGUAACAAAUAGACAUUAAAUUUUUAAUGUUAUAUUGUUAUCAAAAGGGGAAAUAACUUUUGUGUUUUCCUUUCGGUCCGAUUUUAAAGAAUUUUCAGUUUCUUUCAGAUUUCGAACCCUUUAAAAUCCACCAUGCACGACUAUCUGCUGCAGGAACCCUACUGUAAAAUGCUGGAGCAAAAAUGUCAAAUGCUCACCCACCACCACCAACCCCUUAACACCGUCUAUUUCUAACGUUCCCAAAGUUAGAAACAGAAAAAAAAAAGGGAUGCCCAUAUGAUUGAUUAAACUUUGUAAAGUGCACUUCCAAAUGAAAAGGAAGUGCACUCUAGUGUGCUCUGAUAAUGCAACAUAUGUAAUGAAAGGCUCUGAAAAAAGGAAAAUAAAACAUGAUACAGACGACCUACUGUACUCCCAAUCCCCAGAUGUUAUAUGGCAAGUGUUUGGGUUACUGUUUGUGUUAUAGACUCUGCCGGUAUAGAUGAUCUCUACAGACGAUGGUGUUCACUUUCAGGCACAUCUGAGGAGGCCGUUUUUACUCAUUUUUUAAUCCUGAACACACAGUUGCUUCUUAAGUUGCGAAUUGGAUUGUAAACAAUUCAAAGCACAAAAAUGGGAGUCUUGGCUGUGGGCCAUUUAUGGAGAGAAAUUGCCUAUCGUUCCCAGAGGCAUAUAUCAUUGUAAGGCGAUAACUGGUGGGUUUUGACACAGCCUUACUAUACGCUAGAAAAUCGUCUGUUCACUAUAUGCAGCUGGUGCCCUUUCUGAAAAAACGCACUUGACCCUGAGACUGCCUGAGUCUGUGACAGGCACUCAGUCACCCCAGCUUUUGAAACGUGCGACAGCCUGUCUGCCGUCAGUGAUAAACCUGAUUGUUAUCUGUUAUUGAAAAACUGUUUUGUAUGCAGUCGGGAACAUUUUUAUGAAGUGUUAAAAAUGCAUUUGUAAGUUCUCUUAACCUGUUUUUGUGCAAGUUGAGCUCACGUACAAGAUCAGACUGUGCUUUCACACAUCUGAGAUCUUAGACAGUGCAAAAAUACACAGAGCAAUAAAAAUAAGUCACACGUUUCCCUUUGUGAUUUCCUGUUUAUUUGUAGGAAAUACAAAUAGAAUGAAAAGUUGUCAUAAAGGUGAAAUUCCAAUGAGAAAACUUUGUCAACCUGCUUUUGUUCAUCAGCGUUUAUCCUUUUUCUUGCAUUUACUGUGCUGAAUGCAAGAACAACAUACAAACAGCUGUUUAUAGACAUAUUUUACUUUACAUCUUUAUAAACGGACCAUAAGGUUUCCCUCCCACAACCUGAUGCAAUAUUUAUCCGGCUGGAUAGUCAGCAUUCAUUAACUUUUUCCUCUUCGGUGUUUGUGUCUUUCACUGCUCCUGAGAUGUCCCAGGAUAUUCUUCAGAUGUCUCUCAAGAAGCACGCCUUUACACAAGCACGCACACACCGACAGAGACACACACCGGAUAAACUCGCGUGGGUGUAGCUGCUUCAGCUGGUGUUUUUGUAACCUCUGUUCUGCCUCUAUGAGCGCAGGAACCAGUCAACACUCACUCUGAAUAAUAUUACCAUGAAGGAAUCGAAAGCUUUAAAGGGUUUAAAAGUAACACGUCGUAAUCUAAUGCUGUUAUAUCAGUGACAACACUUAGUGGUAAGUAGAAGUCAGUGGUAAUUAGCUGUCUACUGCUCGUUUACGUAGAGGGGGGGGGGGGGGGCAGCUGCUUAUCCAGUUGUCCAAACUACAGCAGAGCUCUGUGUGUGUGUACCAGUGUGACUCCUCUGAACCUGAAUUUUAACAAUCCACACACAGAACAUUUGCACAUCCCUCCGAGUUUCCAACAUUUUUAGUGAAACAGCAGAUAUAUUUUUAUGAAAAAAAAACAUGGAUACCAGCUAGGAGUCGCAAAGUCAUUACAAGUCCACAUAACUGAAUAUCAAUCUGUGAGUUGGACCUGUGUGUUUGUGAGUGUUUGAUGAAUGUGAUGAAUAAGUGUAUUUGAAAGAAACAGGAUUGGUUUCCCUCUCUAUCUCUGUGAGGUCUGUGAUUGAACCUGCCCUCCUCUCUAAUCAGACAUCAUAACAACUCCUGGUGAGCCUGAAACCCAUAACCUCCACACGGCAGGAAUCCUUAUUAGCAUACAUGUCUCACUGCCCACUUCACUGCAGUCCGACCCUCUUUUUUUUUUUUCUAUCCAACCAUGUUUCCAUAGCAACCCCAUCCAUUCAGGAGAGCCACUAUUUAGACUAUGUGAUAUCUAAGUUGUAAGCUUGAAAAUUAAACUUUACUCAGAAGGUACCCUAAGUAUCUGUUAAGGUUAGAGGUGGUCACUCUGCUGUAAUCCUGACUUUGUCUUUGAGAUAAAACUAAAUUUCACACUAGAACUCAGGGGGAGCCUGCCUGAAGUAAUCUUUUUUCUGUUGCGCUUCAAAAAAAUAACUCAAAAGAUGUGUAGCUCCAUCUAAGUCUCUUCACAGAGCACACUCAGGUCUGGACUGUCCAAUAAAAGUAUUAGUUUGUGUAACAUUUUUAUAAAUUGCAUUGCGAGAAGGGAAAAAGAACAGUUUGGGCAAAAAUCGAUGAAAGAAGCAUAAAUAAAGCCUUGCCAGAGAAAGAUUUGAACUGAGCAAGAUAUGAAACUAUUUCACCGAGGCAUUAAGAGGUAUUUUAAGAGUGUUGUUACCAUUAUAUAUCUUUGAUUGACUCUGGGAAUGAGAGGAAAAUGUAAGAUGCAAUAAUGGAAAUGAAUGGUUGUCAAAAAUACACAUUUAAAGACCCAAUUAUUGGUUGUAUUAUCACUCAGCUGUGAGUAAAUAAUCAUUAGUUUGAUUACUUUCGUCUGCCCAUAGAUACUUUUCACCAUAUUUAUAGUGUCACAUAAAUGUAUUGAUAUGAAGUUAAUGAUACAUAAGCGCAGAGAUACACCGAGACAUAAACUUAUUUACACAUAGAUGCAUCAAUACAUUGUUAUUAUGACUUAAUGAAUCAAUUUAUGACAGACUGAUGAAGAGAUCCAGAGAUACACUGACACAUUAUUACAUGAAUGAUGCACUAAAAAUACUUACAUGGGGAUUACGUUACCCUGACACUUCAUUACAAAGAAGCAUUAAACAUAUAUAGCCAGAUUUCAGGAUAUGUACCAUGAAUACUUUUAUUUAUAUGUGGCAAAAGAUACAUUGACAUGUGAUUAAAUCAACCCAUGAGUAUAUAUAAUGAAAAAAAAGUGAAAAAGAUGCAUCAAUAAAAUUAUGAAUUAAUUCUCUGAUAUGUAAAUGUUAAGAUGCGAUGGGAGCAUAGACACAAAAGAUGCAUGGCAGCAUGUUUGUAUUGAUCCACGUAUUUAAAAAAAAAAGAUUAGAUGACUUGAUACAUGAAUAUAGUGAUAGUGUAAAAUAAAGUUAGGGUCAAACACACCACAACAACAAGUAUUAGCCGCAUGUUUGUACGGAGACCUUGGGCGAGUCCAUCACGACUGCAGCAGGGUGACGCAGCUCAAGGAAGAACAUUUAUGAUCAUUACUUUAUCGUUUCCUUGAAGUAAUAAUCAUCAUAUUAAUCAUUUUGCUCUGCAGAAGCGGUACUUCUUCUGCCUUAGUGUCUCGGUCUGAUUGCAUUUCCAUGAAGAAAUGAUCAUAAAUGUUCUUACUUGAGCUGCAUCACCCCGCUGCAGUUGGUGAUGGACUUGCCCGAGGUCUCCAUACAAACAAGUGGCUGCUGGAGGAGAGUAGGUGAGUUGUGUUUAGUCUCUUUGCUAAAGAAAUCAGGCAAAGCCAAAAAGAUGUUUGGUGGCUAGCGCUGUGGCUUGGCACCUAUAUGUACUGUUGAUGAAGUUAGGUGCUGUUCUGAGCAUUAUUUGUGGCUAUAGAGUAGCGUUGAGUGCGUGGCUCUCUGUAUUGCUAUCAUGUGGUCGUUACUAAAGUUGGUAAAACUAGAGAAGCAAGCAGUCGGCAACAUUCAUCUCUCAACGGUGUUACGGUGUGUUUGACCAUAACUUAAUUUUAUGCCGCAAUAUCCCUUUAAUUGACGGACUCAAGAGUUAGUCAGUUUGAAAGAUGCUACAAUUGGCCUUUCAUGACAUUAACUGCAUUGUUACUGUGUCUUUUUAUUCUCCCAGGAAAUGUCAAACAUGCUGCAUCCACCCUGUGAAGAACUGAAAGUGAUCUGCCUGCAGACCCUGUGAACCUCCGCUCCUCUCUACUUUAACCAGCCAAGCCCCCCCCUCUCCUGUCCCGCCAUGUUGAGCGUAGUGCUCUGCCCCCGGUCGUUGACCGUUUAUGCCCAUUACUGGCCUCUCCACAUGCUCCUGCUGGAGCUUCUCAUGUUAGGAGUCCUGCCCAGCAUCUCAAGAUUACCACCUGCAGCCAAACGUGAGAUCAUCCUGGACGGAGACUUGGUGAUUGGAGGCCUUUUCCCAGUGCACCACAAAGGUGAGGGGACAGAGGAUUGUGGUAAGAUCAAUGAGGAGAGAGGGAUCCAGAGACUGGAAGCCAUGCUGCUGGCACUUGAUGAAAUUAAUUCCAGUGAUCGCAUCCUCCCCGGACUCCAGCUGGGGGCCCACAUCCUGGACACCUGCUCCAAGGACAUGUACGCUCUAGAGCAGUCUCUAGAUUUUGUCAGGGCCUCACUCACCAAGGUGCAUGAUCCAGGCUUCAUCUGCCCAGAUGGCUCCAGACCCAUUCAGAAUGAAGUUCCACUUGCCAUCUCUGGAGUCAUCGGGGGAUCCUACAGUGAUGUUUCCAUUCAGGUAAACAAGUAGACUCUUUUUUUUUCCCCUGUGAAAUUUGUUGUUUUGGUCGCAUUUGUAUUCAGAAAAGAGCCAACGGAGGCUGACAAGGCCAGACACACAACAAGGGCUCAGGAGAUUUUCUCCAGGUGAAACCAGAAACAAAUUCAGAAAAUAUGCAAAUUCAAAAACACAUACAAAGGUCUACAAUGAAAAACAAAAAAAUGAGCUGCAAACAGCAAAAACAAACACAAACACACACACAAACCCAGAAAACCGCUGCAUUAUGCUUUUAUCACAUCAUAUGACUGCUAGACUUGCAAGGGGCUCUAAUGACUGAUUACAUCUUACUUAAAGCCCCCGACAGGCUUCAAGCACACCUGUUGUGAGGAGUUCUUAUGAGGUGUAUUUGGCCAGCAUUGUUAGCCACCAUAGUUUAUAAUCAACAAGAACGUGUGCAGAAAGGAAAGACCACCACAUUUUCCAGCAUGACUCCAGUCUAAAUGUUUUUAGAGAGAAAAAAAUAAUAUAUAAUCAAUGACUGAGGCUAAUUUUAGAUCUUAAAUUUAUCAAACAUUACAGAUAAAAGUUGAAAACAUUGUUCGAAUGACUCAGAGAUUUCUCAGCCUAUCAUCUCCCUAAAAGUCCCUCUCUGGUUGUUUUUUUUUACUCGUUAGGUGUUGUCAGUGGUCUUUAAAUUAUGAUUAUGAAGUCCUUACAAAAAAAUCGCAUUACCUGUGUCAUUUUCAAGAGCUUCUGAAGAGCUCCGGUAGCCCAUUAGCAAUUAGCCUCUGAGUCGUAGGCGGAGACAGCGCUGCUCUGCACACUCCUCUUCACGUUAGCUUGGAGCCUAACAUUGCCGGUGUAGUUGAAGUGGCAGGUAACAUAAGAGAUAUUCAGCUCUUGGACACUAAUGUCUUUAGGGACAUGAUGAAAGCUAAUUUCAUAAUAAGCUUUCUUACAAGCAUUGCAAUCUGCUAACGCACACGCUUGUUCUGCAAUCGUCCUCUGUAUUUCUCCUCUAUAUGCAGAGUGUGGCCUGCAUAGCGGGGCUCCGGGGGCGGAGCUUGGAUUGGUCACGUACAAAAUCUCACUGUUUCUGAACCUGCUGUUUGGGUCUGUCAGAGAUUCACAGUGAUUUGAAUAAAGAAAUACUCAGAAAAGCAAUUUCGCAUUUAGUUUUCUCAUGAUUUGUCCUGUAGCAUAAAAAAAAAUGACAUGAACAUAUAAAAAACAGGAAAAACAUGAUUUUCAUUGGAGUGGGUCUUUAAUAUCUGUAGUGGAUUAGUUAUAAGGUCUUUAUCUCUAAUCUUUCCCAAGCAUGUGCCAAAGUAGAACAGCAAGACUAAAACAACAACACUAUCGAAUAAGGAAAGACGUGACAAGAGUGGAGUUACACAUUGCAUCAUAAACAGAGUCGACUUACUUGUAUGUCAUCAUCCAUCUCUUUCGAUGUUCAAAGUUAUGUUUUAUCCUUGUCAACAAUGGUGACAGAAAAACAUAUAAAAGAACAAAACUGACUGUCUUCUUUGCUUCUGCAUGUAAAUUUUAGGUCUGAUUGGUCAAAAGACAAACUACUACAUAAAUAAAAAACACCCUAUUUUUGGUGUCACCCCCAAAAUAAAUAAAUCAAUAAAUAAAAACCUUGAGAGGAAACUUUUUUUUGGGGUGCAGCUGGUGUACCUAGCUUUCAUCCGGCAUCUCCUCUGACAUUAUUUCCACAUUAGUAGAAUCUAAACACUGUGAUAAAUGUGCAUGUCCGGUACAAGCCACAUCCACUUUCAGUUUUCUACCAGAAUACAGAUGCAGAUCAUUUUUUGGUUGAACAGAUAAAGAUACAGAUGAGGAUGUCUCUGCACAGCCUCGAGCUGGUUCUUCCUCUGCUGCUGCUGCUGCUUCUUCUUCUUUGACCUUAGCUUUAUGGGUGGUGUAAACAAUCACUACCACCUCCCACUAUGAACCAGUUAGUUACAGGAUAUUACUGUAUGCUUAUUCUCAGCCAAAUAUGAGUAUCCUCCUUCCUUUGGAAUACAGUUUUUGUCAGUAACAGUAUUUAUUGACAACCCAGAGCCUCAUGUGUCAGUUACAGUAGAAGUAACAUCCAAUACUGAUAGUUCCAUAGUACUGAUUUUGUUUUUGAUUUGAGUUAAGGUGCCAUAUUUACCCACGAUCUCAAUCUUUCAAUUAAAAACCCCUGUAUUCCCUGUGCACUCACGAGUACACAUAAUUAUCAGAAAUACCUUGCAUCUCUUGUGACUGUGACUGAGCUGAGGGACUCAGUCAGCAGAGAGAAUUUUCUCUGGUUGGAAUAAGAAACCAUCUGGGAUGAAUCUGUUUGAACGCUCACAAAGACAUUCAUCAUGUUGUCAGCGACUUCAUUUCUGCCUGGCGAAGGAAGCGGAUCUUCAAAACACAGAUGAAAAGGUUAUGAGUAAUUAAUUCAGGUUGGCCUCUUACACUGUAAUUUCCAUGUUAGUGGGACUGUUUGUAGGUUUAAUUUGGUCACACUAAUCAUUUCAUCACACACAUCCACACACUCACACUGGCUGAGCCUUGGCUUUUUUAUUUGUAGCAGAGACUUUAUGCAAAUACAGAUAAUUUUUGGUAAGCAAUUUGCCUCUAAGGAAUUUAGUUAUGGGAUGAUAACUGCUUUAUGAUAAUGCAUUCACUUACUCCAGCUAUUGUGUAUUUUGUGCUUGUACCGACAGCAUGUGACCUGAAAAAAUCCAACAGCGACACUGAUCCGACAGAUCCUGCAAAACCAACAGUGUUAUUCCACUUUCUAUUAAAUACGGCACUGAUAUUUUUCCCAUUAAUGAUCUCAAUUAAAAACUGUGUCUGCUUUCAUGUUCUCCACACCUACAGUAUGUUGAAAAAACAUUUUUAUAAUUAGCUUCUUUUGCCACAGGCCACAAUCCCCUGCUCAUUAUCUCCAGCAGACUUACCGGUACUUCAGACUGACUUGUUGUUUCUGCUGCGAGUUAAUUCCUUAAAAAUGUACCUAGACAAAUAGGACAACCAAUUUUAUUCUUAACUUUAUUAAAUAAAAAACCCCUUUGGAUACCUGCAUAAAAAUUCUUUUUGUCCACAUAACUUUUUUUAUAUUUUGGCAACACAAUGUUUUCAAGCUGUUCAUCUCGUUCUAAGAUUUUACGUGGAAAAACAAUCCUCGCGGUUCAAAGCUGAUAAAAACACAUGCUCCGAGCAACAGUUGCACAUAUUCAGUGGUUAAUUUUCACACAUAGCAUCGACUAACCAUACAUGAAUAUUUUACAUUACACCUGAAACUGCUGAUGCCUGUGAGUGCUAAUGAGUAUGCAGAAUAUAUGUUGAUGCAGCCUCAGCAGUAUAAUAUAGCUGCUUGGAGAUGGCAUUUGGAGGCAUCGGUAUGGUUGCUGGAUAUGUGCAGUUGUUGAAUGCAUUUUCACAUUUUUAGACACUGGAUAAGAAAGAUUACCAUCAGGAUUGAUAGUACAGAUGUAAUUCUGCUGAUUUCAGUAAGGCAAUCAAAAAACAAAACAAAUUUAGGUUGUCAGCAAAGACCACUUCAACCCUGGAUGGGUUGCAUUACAAAUAAAGUUGAAAAACUAUGAACCAUAUACUAUAGACAACCUCGCUUCACCUUCCGUCAUUAUUUGAAAUGACUUGCGCAGUAGAAUUGAACACAUUUGGCAGGAGAGUUGCUGAGAGUCGCUGUGAUGACGCUCGGCUAACCCUAACCCUACCCCGGGUGAGCUACGCAAUCUUUGUACGCCCAUAAGUCGUAUCAAGUGUGUGUAUGUGUGUGGGGGGUGAAGGGUGGAGGCAUAGGCUGCGUAAUCACAGACAACAUCUCGGUACUACUUAGUACCAGUGCACGCCCCAGUGAAAACUGCUGUUAGGGACUGUGCGAAACAUGCCUACCCGCGCUUCCUAAUCACCGUUGUUCUAGUCUACACGCAACAUUUUUGUUCUCAUUCAUGAAACGCUUAAAUCAGGGACAUUUCCGGCAAUAGCUUGAGCCAGGGACAGGUGAUCAAAUUCGGGGACAUCUGAAAAAAGAGGACUUGAACACAAACCAGUGAGUAGUCACUCUUAGCAAACUCUACACAUUAGCUGUACAUUCAGGUUAAGGUUAGCAUGGCUUAUAACAAAACUAGAAGUGAUAUCUAGCCUGGUUAAAUGCGUCUCAUUCAUUUUAUCUCCAUUGUAUGAUCCUCACAAAAGCUAUUGGGAAAAACAAACAAUCAAACAAACAGAUCAAACCACUGUUAUAUUUUGGGAUGGGUUGUCAAAGACUGGCAAACGAGCUGAGCUAACAAGCUGAGCUAACAAGUUGCUGGCUUUAGCUAGCAUGUAGGAGAGCGGUAGCCUAUUCAUAUUGUCAGCUCUCAUAAUCAAACAACAAACACAUAAAACAAGUAAGCAAAUAUUCCCUUGAUUUUAAACUUGUCGUUAUACAAAGAUGUAACAUUUAUCAAGAGUCUACUCAUGGGAAACGUAUAGACAUGGAUGUGUGGACUUCUUUUUACAUGUUUCAGCACACUGAUAUCCAAACGUUGUAGCUUCAGACUUUUCGUCAGUCAUAUUUCUGUUAAUCUGAGCAGAAACAACCCCUGAAUUCAACCCGACUUCUCUAAUUGUGCCAGGGAUCUGAAAGUCUGAAUACUUAACUUAAUGAAACUGAAGUGGGUGUGAGUUAAAGAGACAAACAAACAGGCUGGACUGAGGGUGUCCACUUCCCCCCUGGCUGGUAUUAUGUUCAAGCCCCCAUUACACAAUAGGCUUCUUCACCCAGAAAGGAGGGGAUAAUAUGGAUUUUCUGCUCUUGUUGUUUGUGAUGCUUUGACAGCUGCAAAGAAAAAGCAGUUUGUGUGUGUUUCUCUCCGGGAAUGAGAGACCACACAGUCAUGGAGAUUCAAAACUUGUUGCUUUAGAGUGCUUUGUAUGAAUUUGAAUACAUACCUCGACUGUCACUACACUCAACAGUCUCUUUGUUGGCGCUUUCAGUCAGAGCCUGGCUGCUUUAAUGAAUCAGGCCGUGAGAGCACAAGCAAAUCCAUGGUGGUUUUUUUUUUGAGGGGAGGUCACUGAUUUACACAGCCCCUAUUUAUCCCUGAGAAACACUAUGUGGUGAUGAAGAGGGUUAGAAAACUGUGGAGGAGAAGUGCCAGGGACAGUCCCGGGAAACUCUGUUUUCCCAACUGUGGGGUGCAUCUCCAUUGGCUGGCAGAGGGGACGUGUCCACCUGUUUUUUGGAGAGGAGGCUGAGGCUGCUUGUGACAUUGGCCAAGGAAGAGAUAUGGGAAAGGCAGUGGGAGAGGAGCCAGUUUCUCCUCAGCCUCAAAAGGAUUCUUUCAUAAUUAGCCCAGCGAUAUUUUAGAGGCUUUCAUCAUCUUCUUUCUCAUCCUGGUUAUCCUUUUUAUGUCUCCUUACUGCUGAAUUUCCUGCCAUCUGGGCUGUUAGCUGUAUAGAACCAACCAUGAGAGAUGACUCAGUCCUAGCGGCCUCCACGUUUUUACACUUAUGAAUCUAACUUGGUUUUACCCACAUGGAUACAUGAUGAAAGAACAAAGGAAUCAUACCAAACUAUUCCCACAGUUUUCCCGCAGAAGUAAAAUAACUCAAAUGACGUUUUUCUCAGUUGCACAACGAGAAGCCGAAAGUUUCUCAGAGGCAUGUUCACAACUUCUGUCUUCAUUAUGGGUUUCAGGCUAAUGACUUUAGGAACAAAUCCACACACAAACUGUGGUACAUCUUGAAAUGAUUCACACAUCCGCUCUAAACCCUGGCAGGAUAAUUCAGCAGCCUUUCUCCUGUAAAUGAGACACAGCGUAUGGCAGCAGCAACUGUUGAGCUGUUUUCAUUGCAGAUUGUACUUCUCAUGGAUGUGUUAUCCUCGAAAUAGAACAGAGGAAGCACAAGUUCAAAAACUCUUUACUCGAGUAUUAAUUCAGUUAUUUAGGAAGAAAUGACUCUAAUGUAAAGUAUGAAAUUAAAGGGUUGCCCUCUGAGGAUGAUUUCUCCAAAUGUACAAUCAGUUAGUCUUGCUGCUCUGAGUAUCUUCAGCCAUGUUCCUUAGUUCACAGUCAAAUUGCCUGUCUUCUGUGAGGUUUUCCUCUUUCUUUCAAUAUUUUUCAAGUUGAGUCCUGAGUCAACCGUAGGGUGACCAUAUGUCCUCUUUUACCUGGACAUGUCCUCUUUUUAGAGGGCUGUCCGGGGAAGUUUAUAAAAUCCUUCAAAUAUCCAGGGUUUUGUAUGGAAGUAUUGAGUUUGUGUUGCGUGGACUUACUGAGUUAGAAGCACGUAAAAGACACUCAAUCUGACCCGAAAAACUCUCAAAAUUAACUACGCACGACUCAGUGACUCGUAGUCAUGUGCUCUUUUUGGGGAUUCAGAAUAUGGUCACCCUAGUCAACAGUGUGCAAGUUCUGGUCCAAGCCUGAGUAACUAAAAAAGAAUCUAAGCUGGGUCCUCAUAAUCAAUGUUAUUAUUCUUGUUUAUCAUACAAGGACUGCUGUUACACCCUGAAUUACUCUGUCUACAAAUGUCGAAUGACAGUAGGAUGUGUAUGAGACACAUUUCAUCAGUCAGCCGAGUUUCUGAUCGAUUCUGUCGGCGUGUUUCGAGAUUUAAAUGAUCCAUCAAGUUACUGCACUGUGCACCACCAUGCCCACUGAGCAUUUUUUGGUCUAAAAGAGGUCUAAUAGACGUCUAAAUGUAGCCUAAUGAGUGGUCUAAAAUCAGGCUACCACAGGUCUAAAAACGAAAGUUUUUUAGAUGUCUAAAUUUAGACCAAGUUUAGACUAAAUCUAAAUCUGGGCUAUAUCUAUACUACACUGUACACAAUUAUUUUGGUUAAGUACUGAGAGAUCAGUUAUGUAAUUUACAGUUGCUUUUUGAAAUAAAUAGUUAUGGAAUAAUGGGUUAAAGUGCAACAUCUAAAAUCCGUCUAAAAAUAUACAGAAUCUAAACGGUUGAAAUUAGGUCUGAAAAAUAACUAGAUGUCUAAUAGCCGUUUAUUGCUCAGUGGGUGCAUAUAUGUUAGUUGAAAAUGGAGACUUAAAUAAGAGUUGUAGGAUCGGGUGUUUUACGAAUGUUUAAAAAUUAAAACUUUGCAGGACCAAAAAUAAGCACAGGUACUGGAAAACUCUGCACAGGACUCCCAGCUUCUGUAAUAGAGUAUCACGAAAAGAAUAAAACGCCCACUUUAAGCCUAUGAGACGAUUACACAAACCAUCAUAUCAGUGCAGCUCCUGGGACAGUCCUCAGUAAUUUGGGGUUAUAAGAAUUCAUAUCUGUCCUGUAUACAGUUUAUUGAUGUGUAAUAUUGUUGGUUUGCCGUGCUUUAUUAAAUCUGUUGUUGUGUCCUGCCGAGCAACCAGAGACGGCUCUAUCUUUAUUGUGUUUCUGUCAUCUUUGAAGGCUUCAAGUGGGAAAAAAAAAAAAACAGCUUUGGAGUUCACUUCAAAAAGAAUCUUGUUUAUCUUGUGAUAUUGUAGCUGAACAGACCCCACACCCUCCCUUACUCACCCUAACUCUCCCCUCUUGUCUUCUUCUUAACACGCUGUUAUUUUUGAGCCUGAAGUUUUUUGCACAUUCUGAGGAAACAGCUCCGCUCCUUAAUUAGCACAUCAGAAUGUCAUUCAGAGUGAAGGGGAACAUGUAAUGACUGGAAAGGUGGUUAGAGUCGGGAACCCGCAUGAUCAAUAAUAUGGUUCACCUAUUGAUUUCCAGACACACUUCCCCUCAUCUUGUCUAUCUUUGAGUUGUUUUUUUUUUGUUUUUUUUUCACACGGUAUCUCAGGAAUAAAUUACAGCGCUGUGCUCUCAAUCUGCUCAAGUUAUUUAUUUAUUUAAGCGCAGCACACCCACAACAAUAACAAGAGGAAAAUACCGAACUUCUUCAUGAUGUUUCACAUGUGAAGGGACUUUCUCACCGCUUAAAGCUGAGCAGAUGAUGUCGAACACUUCUCACAGAUGCGUUCGUUCUUGUACUUGUGGAGUAGUUCAAAAGGUCUCUCCUCUUGGUGAGCAUUGUUUUGCUGGUGGGAGUAAAUAAUAGCUGUAAGUUUAAUGUGAGGAACUGUCUUCAGCUGAAAAAAACACAUGCAAGCAGACCAGCACACAUUUCUUUCUGCAGCUAAUAUUAAGUCUCAGCUCUUGCCUGCCAACGAGAACACAUGGAGUGUGUGUGUGUGUGUAUGUUUGAAAUAUAGCUGCAAACAUGUGCGUUAGCUGUUCUGUAUAUCUAACAUUAGCUCAGGCCUUUGAUGUGGGUCUCUGUGUAUUUCUGCGUGUGGGUUCUUGAGUUUCCUUGUGAAGAAGUUUGUCAUAUAAAAACCCUGACCUUUAAACCCUCGCUUAACAACACGUAAGAUUAGAUCGAAUCAAAUUCAGAUAUUAUUAUUAUUGUAUGGUACAUUCUUCUCCAUAUAUAUUUAAAUGAGGUCCACUCCUGAUCUCCUAUCCUGUCAGCUUCAUGUCUUGGAAAUUACAUUUACAUUUUACUGAACUGUUUUUGUCAUCUUUGUUUGAAUUGUGGUAAAAUUAAGGCAUCUUUAUUCAAGUGACUGUUAUCAGACUGUAGUCUGAUGUCUGAUGUGCCACCCAUUCGUGGAAAAAAAGGGAAUGAGACCCUAUAGGUAAAUGACAUGUAGGGAAGGGCGAUAUGGCCUCAAAUCAAUGUCACGAUACACUGAGCAGUUCACUUCAAUAAUGAUAAAUGGAGGAUAACUGCUCCACAAGCUGCUCACCCCCUCCCACAUUAACUUCAUCAACUUCAGCCGCUGCUACAACUUUUGAACCGUCCUCCAUCUCCUCACCUGUCUUUUCCUCUUUAUCACAGACUGAAUGGGGCGGAGUCUCGUCUACGACAUAGGACAGCGUCUUAAAGGAACAUGAGACCAUAGCCUACCUACACACAUCCAAAACCAACUUUUAUUUAUUCAUUCAUUUGACACCGAAUAUACCGAUACGGCAAAAUGACAUUGGUUAUUGUUGUAAAUUUCAGUAUCGGUUAGUUUUCGGUUAAUCGCCAGCCCUAAUGUCAUGUGUUAUGAUCUUAUCACUCUGAGUACAUUGGUUCAGUCUAAGAGAAUACUGAAGUUUGGUUAAAGCUUUUAUAAAGAGUUUUUGGCUGUUUAUAACACAGGUUUUAUUUACAGCAAUGCCUCACUCAGAUCUAAAGCAGGGAUAAAGACCACCAAAUCACACGUUUAGUACUUUCUCAAUAGAACUGCAGCUAAUAAUUGUUUAAUAGCUGACUCAUCACUGAUUAUAGUUUUUGUAAAACAUCAGCUUUUAAAAGUCAGAUGGGUCUUAAACUCAAAACAUGCCAUAAAACAUCUCAAUCUUUCAAACCAUAGUUAAUAGUUUGCUGUUAAUGCAGUGUUGUUGGUGUUGGUGCAGAUUGCUAACUUGGGUGUGGGGGGUACCCUGCAGUUUCAUAUUCUUAAAAACACAGUACUUAAAGAUUGCCUUAUAGUAACUGUCCCACUUUGACUCAAAAUGACUUAAUUGUGUUUUGGUUGUCAAAGGUCAGAGGUCAAGGCCACGUGAACCUAUGUCCCUUGCCUUGUUUAUGAACUUUUCUCAGGAAAACCCAGAGAUAACUUCCCCAGUCUUGGUUGAAACCACAUCUAACACUUAAGGAUGAGCUGAUUAAAAAAGUCUAAUGGUUAAAAAAGGUAGGUUUGCAAGUUCUUAAACCACUAGAAUUUUAUUUGAAAAUAACUCUUUAAAUAGUUCUUUAAAAAUGCUAAAUACUUCAGCAUAUUGCUUUAACUCUCUUUCAAGAUAUUUUUUUAUAAGCGGUAGAUUUAAUCUGUUUGGGCCAAGUUUUUCUUUCUCAUACUCUACUUCUUGGAAAUUUGAAACCACAUUUGAGCUGCCAGGAAACUAAAGUGCUGUACAAUAAGUAUAGAGCUGAAUAUAAACUGCAUUUUUACAGGAAAUAUAAGCAGCCCUCAUCAUUUAAGUGAAAUUUAGCAAAAUAUGCAUUUCCAUAUUCCUUUUAGUCAGUGGUGGUAUAAUUCUGGGCUGUGGGGUCGCAGGGAUCCAACCAAGAUGCUUCAAAUCUGAAAUAAUCCCACUCAGCUGAAGAACAGAUGGCUUGCUGAUCCAACAGAAAUAUCAUAGAACAACACAGACAAUUGAACCGUUUGUGCAGAUCUAGCUAUAUGUUUUCUUUACUGGAAGUUAGUACAAACAAAAAAAAUCAGGAUGAACCUUUGUGUUCAGAGAUCUUUUUGCAAAAACAAAUGCAAAUGAGGAAAUGUAUGGGAGAUGUAACCCACCAAAAAUAUGCAGAUUUUCAAUUAGAAGAAUCAGCCCUGAAUGGAGUAAGGCACAGUAAUCACACUGGGGAAGAACUUUAACCUCUGUGUUUUGGUCGGCCUCAAAUGGACUGAUAGAAAACCAAGUUGAUCUGUGUGGAUGUGCACAAGAGAAAUCUUUUGGGUGGUAGUUUUAGAAAACACAUUUGUGAUGUUGCGAAGCCACUCAGUUCACCCUGGUGUGUCGGUCUGAUAGGCUUGGCGCAGUUUCCUCCUCAUAUUUUACUAUGUUUGAGGGAAAUGAUUUGUCAUUCUUACAAACUAAACUAGACUUCAGAAACUUGACCUUACUCGAGCUUGGCCAGGAUAAUUUUGGCUUCCCUGUUUUCACCGUGUUUGUGCUCGAUAACAUUUUGAAAAUACUACACUGAGUGAAGUAUUAUUACAAUUACAAAAAUACGAUUCCUAGGCAUUGAACUUCGGGAAGCAGUCAACCUUUUUUCUUGAUACCAGAUUUAUGGAUAAAAUAAACAUCCUACUUCUUAGUUAUAGUUCAUGUAAUUUCUUUGCGUGUAAUGACAUGUUCACAGUUUUUUAUCACCCUGGAUACCAGGUAUCGCUCUCAUACCAUAUCAAUAAAAACAUUAAAUAAUAAUCAGUACUGAUACCCAAUACCUGAUACACAAUACCUUAUACCAGAUACCUGAUCUGCACUACAAUACUUAGUAUCAAAUACCAGAUACUUUGUACCUGAUAUCUCACUCUAGACUGUAGCAGACAUAUACUUGUAGUAAAAUCUUAUUUAUCUGUUUUUGUACCCGGUGUGAAUGUGUAUGUUGUGUGUACUGCUGCUGUUGACAAUUUUAAUUUCCUCACUGAGGGAUGAAUAAAGGAAUAUCUAAUUUAAUGUAAUCAAAUCUUGUCUAAUCUAAUUUAAUAAUGAUAAUAAUGAUGAUAAUAAAUAAAUAAACUCUAAUGGAAGGUUCCCCUAUGAUUCACUCUGAAAAUUUAUUUUUACAUGCAGGGUUUCGAUGUAAAUAACAAAUAUCUCAUUUACUCGCAGAACUCAGAUAGUAAUUAUUAAAGUUAUCUGCAAUGCGCAUGAAAUCCAUUAUACAUCAUAUUCAGGACCGUCAGUAAGUAGCAGUGCUGGUGAACUGUACAUCCUGAAGUCUCACUCUGCAUGCCAUCUACUGUAUCCACUGUAGGGCUCAGCAUGACAGGGACCUCGGGGACACACAGAUGGACUUUUCAUGUUAAAAAAAAAUCAUGACAGACCCAUGAGUAAGAGGCUGCCCGGGUUCCAGCUGUCUCAUAUCUUCCCCCAAAGCUUCUGCCCUUCAGGAGUCAAACUGGCCUGGAAUCUGAAUACUGUAUACCCUAAUGAUGCAUCUCAAAGCCAAUAUACUGUACGAGGCAUUAAUCCAAAAGGGAUUUUAUUCCAAAAGAUGGACUAAAACAAUAAUAAAUGCCUCUCUAAGAUAGAUACCCAAGCUUUGACUGUAUAUGUUAUAGGCCAAGCUCAGCAUUCGACCUUUCUUGACAUAUUAUUGUGUAUUUUCAGUUUAAGCGUCUUACCUGAUUAUACUUCGACAUGAAGUAAGGUGAUCAUCUAACCAUGAACUCUGCAAACUGUAGCCCUAAAGCUCACCUGUUAAGUAUUGAUCAUGGGUUAUUUAUCAUGUAACGCUUUUGCUUUUAUCGUUUCAUGGAGAGAAGGUGGAAAAAAUAGUAUUAAUGUGAAGACUAUGGGAUCUACGAAAGGCAUCCUUUGUUACAAGACAUGUUUAAAAGAUACUCCAAAAUACUUCAUUUCAAAGAAAAAAUCAGGUUCUGAUCAUUUUCCUCACAAACACUUUUAUAUUCAUAGUGGAAAUGUUUAAAACUGCGACCUCCUCCUUGAUGAACACACUGGUAUUGACUCAUUUAGGAUGUUCAUUUUAACUGUUGAACUACUCUGUACAAAAUGUGCUCAAACAUGUAAAAGAGUAAAAUUCAAGGUGAGCAGAAAGCUCCUCUUUGAUGAGAAAUAUUCAAAACAUCAGAAUCCUGACAUUCAUUCAACAAAAUUUUGAAUGUAGUUGGCCUUAUACCAGUGAUGUUAGGCAAGAGAGAUGAAAAUUUGCACAUACUAAAGCACUUUUUAAGAAAAAGUAUAAAAGAAAUACAUAAAAGAAGAAGUCAUGUGUAAUUUAUUAUGAAGAGGUUACAAUCAAAAUCAGAAAUACAUAAAUUUAAUGUAAAAAUGACAACGAGCAGGGAUUUAACUUUGAUGUUUCUCACUUGAAAUUCAUCUGACACUGUCUCCAGAACGAUAAUACAAUACACUGAGUGAUACAUUAAACCAAGCAUCUUCAAAAUCCUACAGUGUAAAACAUUUCACGGGAGUAAAGCCCUCCAAACAUCACACUUUGCAAACAACUCAGGUGUCAUGUCGUCCCAACCGAGCGCUCUCCUGCACAGAUCCCUGAAGAUCCUCUUGGCAGAAAAUACAGCAGGGUUCAAGAAUUUAAGAAAAACAUAGAUGGAGCUAACAGCAGAGAGAAGUCGAGGUCUGUCCUUGAUGAAGAUCUUAAACUCAUGGACAUGAUUCCGAUCCAGACUCUGUUUUUUUAGAUCCUCAGCUCUGCUGCUGUCUUAUAUUGCAGCCAUUACUGAAUGCUUGUAGCUAAUUCAUCCUUAAAGAUGAAACCACCAUGUGAAUGAGGUCUCUUGUUAGAGGGACACUUCUUCAACCUAAAGAAGCCAUAAACACCAGUCAUCAACGUAGAGGCAAUGAACACCACUUCCUGACUGAACUGUCCUUUAUUAUCCUGUUUCCUUAGAGGAAAAUGGGCCAAGCAGGGAGGAGAAAGCGCCCUGAAGAAAUGUACAGUCAUUCAAAGAUGAUGAGAUCUUGUUUUAAACCCCCAUUAAACUUCAAUAUUCAGCAUCAUGAAAGCACUUGUAGUCUAAAGUACCCCCGCAUGAAAAGGCUCUUGUUCUUGUUGCAGCGGUUGUUAGCUCGAUUCUCAGCCACCACCUUUUUGCACAUGUCCUUCCCCACUCUCUAUUCUCCAUAUUUUCUGUCACUCUUCAACUGCUCUUUCUAAUUAAGGCAAAAAAUGCUUCAGAAUAUUAAUUGAAAAAAAAUUGCGUCUCCUGCAGGGACCCUCACAAGGUCCCUGCAGGAGACUCAAUAUCUACCAUAAUAACCCCCAAUUCUUUUCCAAAUCUGGUUACAACCCCAAACUAAUUAACCACUCAAGUCUGGUCUCAGUAGAAGCUGAGCAUUAUGAGAUAAAACUUGCUCCACAAUCCAGGACAUCUCUGAUUUUCUCUUUGUUUGGGUGGUAAACGCCAUGGUGUGGUAUGUACCAGACCUUGCCGUGACCCUGUUCCAGUUCCUCUUCAGAUUUCUUUUCAGGAUAACCUUUGACAACUAGAUCUUUCACAAAGGCUGCUGACUCUGCAUGGAGACAUCAGUCCUUCAGGCGCAGAGCACAUUUCUCUAUGAUUUUUCAAGUAUUUGUCAUCUUGACCUCCUUGUUCAUCGAUGGUGAGUUUAUUUACUAAGGACCCUCCACUGGUCUCAGGGAUCACCAUUGUCACUGUAGCUGUCAGGAUUUCUUUCUCACCUUAGUCAGAAAGGUGGGGUAAAAAAAUAACACCACACGCAAAACUUUUGUUUGAUAAAGUAAAUGAUGGAAAAUUAUAGAUCCUGAACUAAUAAGCAAAAAUGGUCGCCUGACUGUCUAAUGCAGUGCCAGAACCACCUUAAGAUACAAAUACGCUGUUGUAGUAGUGGACUCAUGAAUUUACUUGUAAAUAAUACAGUCCUUUGCAUUUUGCCAAACCUUGUGCAAUGAACCAUAUGGUCUGAACAUUAGAAAUAGUAAUCAGAAAAAUAAAAAUAUUUAAAAUUUAAAAUAAAUACAAAAAUGGACUCUAAAAGCUUAUCAGACUGCUACAUUCAGGGAGGCUUUGGUGUGCAAAUGCUUCAGUCAGGUGUUUUCUUUUUUACAUACUCAGGUCCAACCUUUAUCACAUUUUGGAACCACUUUUAAAUUUCAAGCCAGUGGACCAUGAAGAGGUGCUAAUUGGUCCCUCAAAUUACUGCAGUUAAAUUCAAACAAGCGAAAAAAAAGCUACACCUUUACUAUGGGGAUGUAAGUCCACAGCUAUGUGUCUGUACGAGUUGUGAUUAAGGUGAAGUCUGCAACAGCGGAGGGAUUAAAUCAAGAAAUUAAACUCAAAGUUUGGAGUUCAAAAAUUCUCUGUGCGAUGAAAGCUUAUUUACCGUGGGAGUCACAGCCAGCUCUGUUGUUUUGUUCUUAUCCGACUGGAUGGAGAGAGCAAAAAGAAACACCACAUGAGGACAAACAGACGGUUACUGUCAUACACUCCAGUGCCGCCCUGAAAGGUAGGCUGUCAAGCUUCUCCCAGAAUCUAUUGAUGAAGGCCAACUGCUUUUCUGAAACACUGCAAUAGGAAACCACCUUAUUACCAUGCAAGUGUGACUGACUGCCUGCCUGUGUGGCAGCUCAUAUGUUAGCCUCCUGCAUACAAAAUAGUGUUUAUAUAUCGGGGAACCUACAUGAAUCAGUUUACUUAGGGAUCUAACUGAGCCCUCCCAAGAGAAAUCACCUCUCUAUGGGUAAUGUUAAGAGAUCUCUGACCUGUUUAGUACAGUAGAGAGGACUAACGCUGGCUGAAGCACACUUGUCUGAACGUAUCAUAUGUGCUCCAUCAUCCCCUUAAGAGCUUGUACUUCUCCUGCAUUUACGCUCACUCUUGUCUUUGGGGUGUUUUAUUCAAAGGAGGUUAUGCACACAGUUGUGCGUGGAUCCAGGUAAUGUAGGUAAUUGCUGUGGCAAAACAGAGUGUGUUAGCAUCUCAAAUGCAUUGCCAAGUAGUCUUAUCUGUUUGUGUCAGUCCAUUAAGUUGUGUUUAAAAAUGCUCCACGUACACUGAGGCUGUAUAGCAAUGAAUAGACGAUCAAUAAAUCAGUAAAACGCUUAAAUGGUAGUUUAAAGAAAAGAAGAAACAAAUAAGCAAUUACCAGGCUAUCAACUUUGUGUUUAAUUACUAUGGAUAAAUGCACUGAGCACAAUAGUGGGCCUAAAAUUGUGAAUUACUGGUCAGUUAAAGGAGUUUUAUUAUCUUUAUUGAUGUGGACCUGAAAGGGAAAGGGGCUGCAGGUUGAAAUCGAACCCACCACAUCAUCUGUUCAUGGGGGGCACCACUAGGGUAACCAUAUUCUGAAUCCCCAAAAAGAGGACACAACUACACCGGGUGGAGUCAUGGAGUCGCGCAUAGUAAAUUGAGUGUUUUUACACGCUUCUAACUCAGUAAGUCCAUGCGACACUAACUGAAAACUUCUAUACAAAACCCGGACAUUUGAAGGAUUUUAUAAACUCCCCUGGACAGGGCCGUACAGCCCCCCAAAGAGAGGACAUGUCCGGGUAAAAGAGGACGUAUGGUCACCCUACGCACCACUUAACCACCAGACCAAACUGGCUUUUCAGAUGAUGGUGAAAUUCAAAUGCCUGAAAGUCAACGAAAAUUAAAAACAUUCAGGGACACACUGCAGAAGCUGAGCUGUGGAUGAAAAUUGGACAUAAAUUGACCCAGUGGAGGCAGUAGAUGUGAGGUCAAGGAACUCUCAGAACAGUUUUUUUUCCAAGGAGACAGAUCAAACUGACAGCGUGGCUUUCAAAUUGCAAAUGCUGCCAGCAAGGUUUAAAAUGGAUUCUUAAGUAAAAUGUUCUCGCCUUGCAGAGCACAAAGAGUCUGUUUUGCAAAUACAGAAUUCAGCACCUGAAAUUAAAGAUAAAACAGACACGACAGCUCGCUCUGUGGACUGGAAUGAGUGAGCAGAAAUAUAGUCGUCUUUCUUUGCGUCUUUUAAUAGCACGAGAAGUGUGAAAGUUUCCAAUUAUAUUCAUAGGGACACCAUUGUUUGGGAAGCCUGCGGUCAUACAACGACGCUUGAGGGAGGAGGCUGGCCAGUCAUCUUGAGGCUCAUGGGAAUUCACUAAUCACCACUGCGUCUCAUGAGGAACCUUCAGAGUGACACGUUUUUGUCAGCUCUGACAUAUUUAGCUCUGUUAUACCGCCUGGGGAAAUAAUUGCUUUGGAUUCAUGACUCUGACACAGUCAUUUCAGCAGGAUUGUGUCCAACAUGGACGCCUCACUGAGUUUUCAAACAUUAUUUAUCACUCAUGUUGGACACAGUACCACAAACUGUCAUCUCCUCAAGGAAAUUAUUGUUUUCUUUUUUUGGUCGGUGGGCAUCGCACCAUGUGUAAGGCCAUUCUUUGGCAGCAAGACUUUAAAAUUUUUGUAUUAACAUAACUCUGGAACUGUUACUGUCUGGCUCCAUCUGUGAAAGGAUUUGUAAAAAUGAAAUGAUGAUUUAAGUGUUGCUGUUUUCACUGCCCAUCUUUCCACUCUUCAGAUCUGGAGCACACUAAACAAAAGAUGUGCUCUUAAACUAAACCUUAAUAACACCCUUAUUUCACCCUUGUCUAUGUCUUAAUAAGCCUUGGUUACGCCUUGACAGCACCCUUAACUGUGUCUUAAUAAAGACAUUAUAACAUUAUCCAGGCCUAAACUAAGCCCCUUAAACCAAAACCCUUAACAUACAAAGCAUUUAUUGCCCUUAAAAAGCCUUUACCAAAGCUUUAUUGCACAUCACUAAAGCUAAAACUGUUUUUUUUUACCCAGAACUAAGUCCUAACUAAGAUUUACCAAAGCUUUUUUACACCCAUAACUAAGCCUGAACUAUGCAUUUUCCACACCUUUAAUUAUGAAUAAAUUACAUCUUCGACUAAUCCUGAACUCAGCCUAAACUGAGCCUUUAUCUGCACUCAACCAAGCCCUUUCUUACACAGUUUACUGGGCCUUAACUAUCCUUUUAUUACACCUUCAACCAAGCCUUAAGAAGAUUUUAUUUCACCCUUGACUUUACUUGGAUAUAUGUUAAAAAUAUGUCUUAUUUCCCCAAAGCAAUCACAAACCCUAACGUCUUUCAGCUCAUUUUUGACCUCUUGAAGAAGUUAGGUGUGAUCCAUAGUUGAGAUCUUUUGCCGCACACUUUUAUUUUAGACUGUUGAUAAUUUUGUUUUUGGAAGCAGGUGUUUAGCAUCUAGUUAUGUGCAGCUCUGUCACCAUUAUUGAGCAUUGCAUAGCUUUGGGGUCAUAAUAGACUUCUCAGCUAACAUUGCACAUGUAUGUUAAACUCAAACUCCUUCGUCCUUUUUUUAAAACUUGGAUUUACUGUUUGAAGCUUUAUUAUGUUGAUCAUUACAUAAACCAUAUUUGUGGGAGGUUAAUAUCAGUCAUAAGGAAUUGGCUGUGCAGUUCUUUUGCUUUGUUUUUGUCGUGGUGUUGAAUUUUCUUAUUAUCUAAAUCUUCAUAGUUGCUGAAGGACACUCACUCCUGAUAUUUCAGUUUUAGAAAUGUAGAGCCAGGUUAUGAAGGCAUUACUUUGCCUCCAGACUAUAUGAAUAUUUAUAAAUUAAAAAGCAGUAAGAAUCAAAAAAUGAUAAUGAUUAUUUUUGAGCUUAAACUUGCGAAUUGUUCUUAAUCUACAACAGUAAUACUCUGGCUUUAAUUAAUGGUGGUUUAAAGGGGUGUAUGAAAUAUUGAUGAAUAAUGUAGUACUGACCUCUAGAGGUCACACACCCUCAGGCAGUUACUACAAAAAUUCGCAGUUCACCUUAGUCCUUGAGCCAGACCAGAUGUCGGUACCACUUGGGUGGGCAAAACCUUACAUAUAUUAAUUUGUUUUUAGGGUCAAUAUAAGUAAAUUAAAAUAUGAUAGACUUUUCAUAGGGGUAGCUUUUUAUAUUUUUUCUCAUUUUGUUAUUUUCCUCAAUAGGCGAAUUUUUGUUAACUCCAAAAGCAACACAGAAAGUCAAAAGCACAUUAAAAGUCACACUCUUUUUGGGUCACACUGCUCUUUUCUAUAAAUGAAUCAAACCUGUGUCUAAUUAAAUGAGUUGAUGAAGUGGGAGUGGCCCAAUUUGAUGGUGGAGCAGUACUUUCAGGUAUCAUAGUACUUGAGCCAAGAACCAAAAUUUCACAUAUCGGUACCACCUGGGUGGUGAUUUUUUUAUUGCUAUACAUCCCUACAAUAAGUUUUUAUAUGAUAGACCUUGGUAACUGGUAGCUUUAUUGUAGUUAUCACUCAUUGAAGUAAUAGAGUGCAGCUGUUCAAAAACGAAAAAUCACCUUCCUUCAAAAUUAGCUUUCUUUCAUUUUAACCUCUCAUUUAGGUGUGUUUGAACUAUUGGCUAGCCAUAGAGACUUGUAAUAACCCCCUAAGUAGUAUUCCAAGUAAUUUAUCUAAUACAGGUGUGUAUAUAUAAGCUUCAAUUAGCCAAUUGUCAGGUCUAAAUCAAGGUCUAAAUUAAGGAUAUUUUUUUACUUAGAAGUAGAAGUAAAGUAAAUGCAGACUAAUAGCAUUAUAAUAACACAACUUUAAUAUGACACUGACAUAUUUUAAAUGCAGGAACUCAUUAUACAGUCAUCCUGGCUGGUGCAGGGCAAGAAGACAUUAGCAACAAAAUAAGAUCUACUGAUGUAUACACUCUAUACAAUCAUCUGAGAAAACUCCAAUUCCUAUUCAAAGUCCUAUUCUUUCCAUAAGGAACAGUGACAGCAAAUAUGAGUUUUGGCUUAGUACAUAGUACUGUCACUGAGACACAGUGGGUCUGUUAACAUAGCUCCCUUUGGUCACCAUUUAUUAAUCAACAUCAGUAAUCGACAUCAGUAUCUGUAUCUUCUUCUACAUCUGAAUCUGCUGGUGUGCAAGGGGCUCUUCCUCACUGUAUUGGUUGGCACAAGUUUGUAAUUUGCACAGGUUUGUGCACUUCAGCCCAUUGCUGAGACAGGUGCAGUCUGGUGGUUUGCAUGUCCUCACACACUUGCAGGAUAGUAACUGCAAGACCGAAGAAGUAAAGUAAAUGCAGACUAAUAGCAUUAUGAUAACACAACCUUAAUAUGACACUGACAUAUUUUCAAUGCAGGAACUCAAUAUACAAUCAUCCUGGCUGGUGCAGGGCAAGAAGACAUUAGCAACAAAAUAAGAUCUACUGAUGUAUACACUCUUUACAAUCAUCUGAGAAAAACUCCAUUCCUCCACCAAGAACUUGAUGAGACUGGCUUUAUUGGCAGGGCUGCAGAGAAGUUUCCUCCACUGCUGAAUAUUGUGGACAGAAACAAUGUUUCUGAACUGGAUCCCCAUGUCUGCACCUCUGUUUAGUCUUUCUGAAUUUUUUGAUUGACAUGUCCUUGUAAACGUCAAAGACAACAUCAAUCCUUUCACUAUCACCACCUUCAUGCAGGACCUUGGCUAAAGUUGAGUCCAGCCAGCUUCCACCAUGUCAGGAUUGCGUAUUAAUGCACCCGAUUCGUGCCAACUACCAGGCUGCUAUCUGGAGACGGUCUCUUCAUACCAAGCCAUCUGUACCAAGCCCCAAGGACCAUGGGUGGACCAUAAAUGACGAAGGGCAGCUAGAAAACAGUGGAUGUGUGGUUCCCCAGCACCAGAUGCGGUCUUGCAGUUGCUAUCCUGCAAGUGUGUGAGGACAUGCAAACCACCAGACUGCACCUGUCUCAGCAAUGGGCUGAAGUGCACAAACCUGUGCAAAUUACAAACUUGUGCCAACCAAUACAGUGAGGAAGAGCCCCUUGCACACCGGCAGAUUCAGAUGUAGAAGAAGAUACAGAUACUGAUGUCGAUUACUGGUGUUGAUUAAUAAAUGAUGACCAAAGGGAGCUAUGUUAACAGACCCACUGUGACUCAGUGACAGUAUUAUGUACUAAGCCAAAACUUGACAGUCAUAUUUGCUGUCACUGUUUCUUAUGGAAAGAAUAGGACUUUGAAUAGGAAUUGGAGUUUUUCUCAGAUGAUUGUAUAGAGUGUAUACAUCAGUAGAUCUUAUUUUGUUGCUAAUGUCUUCUUGCCCUGCACCAGCCAGGAUGAUUGUAUAAUGAGUUCCUGCAUUUAAAAUAUGUCAGUGUCAUAUUAAAGUUGUGUUAUUAUAAUGCUAUUAGUCUGCAUUUACUUUACCUCUAGUUCUAAGUAAAAAAAUAUCCUUAAUUUAGACCUUGAUUUAGACCUGACAAUUGGCUAAUUGAAGCUUAUACUGUAUAUACACACCUGUAUUAGAUAAAUUACUUGAAAUACUACUUAGGGGGUUAUUACAAGUCUCUAUGGCUAGCCAAUAGUUCAAACACACCUAAAUGAGAGGUUAAAAUGAAAGAAAGCUAAUUUUGAAGGAAGGCGAUUUUUCAUUUUUGAACAGCUGCACUCUAUUACUUCAAUGAGUGAUAACUACAAUAAAGCUACCAGUUACCAAGUUCUAUCAUAUAAAAACUUAUUGUAGGGAUGUAUAGCAAUAAAAAAAUCACAACUAGAAUUUGCCCACCCAGGUGGUACCGAUAUGUGAAAUUUUGGUUCUUGGCUCAAGGACUACCUGAGCAGUAGAUUAAAUGUCUUGUUUUGUUUUCUGACUUGUCUGAUCUGCUCAGUCUAGAAGUUCAUGAUGAUUGAAACAGAGACUGAAGGAGUCAUUUGUAAAGAUAUCCUUAAUACACAAAGCUGAAUAAAAUGUAUUUUUUUCUCUCUCUCUUGAAUGUGAGGACAGCAGCGUAUAGCUAACAUUUUUUCCAAAAUCGACCUCCUUAUUUGAUUCCUUUCUCUCUUCCAGGUGGCCAACCUUCUGCGAUUGUUUCAGAUCCCUCAGAUCAGCUAUGCCUCCACCAGCUCAAAGCUCAGCGACAAGAGCCGAUAUGACUACUUUGCUCGCACUGUGCCCCCAGACUUUUACCAGGCUAAGGCCAUGGCAGAGAUCCUGCGCUACUUCAACUGGACCUACGUGUCGACUGUAGCAUCAGAGGGUGACUACGGUGAGACUGGCAUAGACGCUUUCCAGCAGGAGGCCCGUACUCGCCAAAUCUGCAUCGCCACUUCAGCCAAGGUAAGCCGCUCCAUGAACCGCCAGGGUUAUGACAACGUGAUCCGCUCUCUGCAGCAGAAGUCCAAUGCCAAAGUGGUCAUCCUGUUCACCCGCAGUGAAGACGCCCGUGAGCUGUUGGUGGCCGCUACUCGUAUGAACGUCACCUUCACCUGGGUGGCCAGUGAUGGCUGGGGAGCGCAGGAGAGUGUGGUGAGAGGGAGCGAGGCUGCGGCGGACCGUGCUUUCACCAUCGAGCUGGCUUCCUACCCAAUCAGAGCGUUUGAAGACUACUUCACCAAACUGAACCCAUACACCAACAUGAGGAACCCUUGGUUCAAAGAGUUCUGGGAGCACCGGUUUGCUUGUAGCCUGCAGGAACCCGGCUGCAGUGAACACAGCCUGCGAGAUGGAACUUUUGAGCAGGAGUCAAAGAUCAUGUUUGUGGUGAAUGCCGUCUACGCCAUGGCAUACGCUCUGCAUAACAUGAGGCAAGCUGUGUGCUCCAACACAUCAAAGGUGUGUGACGCCAUGAAACCAGGAAAUGGAAAGAGAUUCUACAAAGAGUUCAUCUUGAAGACCAAGUUUGAAGGUACACACAGUUAAAAGCAAAUAUUGAGAAAGCAUUUACACUGACAAGAAUGCUUCAUGAACCUUUUCCAUGUGAAACGAAUUGUUUAAUUGAUUUGAUAAAGUGAAAAUAAGCACAGUGCCGUAUUAGGACUUCUGAUGAUUUCCUGCAGAGCCCUGAACGGUGCUUUGAGAAUAUUCAAUUAGCAAAAAUAAUUUGUUGAUUAGCUUUGGAGGAUGAGCUGAGGCAGAACAUAUUCAGAACACACGCUUCUAAAUAUACUGGAUACAGGCUGAAUGAAUGAACAAUGACACGUUUAGAUGAGCUUAAAUGUCAGGAUUCCCCAGUGUUCAGUAUUAACGGCAUUAAAAUGAAUAUAUGUCAGGGUUCUAAUUUUAAAUGUCGAUUUGCAUAAGUGCUAGUAUUUAAAACGGAACCAUAAGUGGUAUUCUAUCCCCUCCUUAUGGGACUUGACAACAUGAGUACCCAAGAGAACCAUAACAUGCUUGCUCGAGAUAAAUAUUGUGUUUCUACAAGAUAAAAAAAUCACUCAAGAAGAUCAUUUGUAUGCAAACCACGAUCAUCUUAUUUCUGCAUGAUAACUUGUUCACAUGAGAAAACAGCUCGUUUGCACGGGGUACAAACUUCCUCUAUCUGUCUGUUAAAAGGAAGUUCUUUCUAGCCACUGUUACUCAUGUUAGAUGAGAUGGGCCAAAACCCAUCUCAGGUUGGUUCUUGAUCAUCAAACACUGAGCGUGGUCUAGACCUGCUCUUGUUCCUUGAAAAGCGUCUUGAGAUGACGACUGUUGUGAAUUGGCGCUAUAUAAAUAAAAUUUGAUUGAUUGAUUGAUUGAUUGAAUAAUAACUUGGAAGGACAAUUAAAUGGUUCCAACAAGAUUACAACUUGUGUGCUCAUGUCAAGUCAACACUUGUGAUAACAAUUGAUUUCCCCUCUCAAGAGAAUAGCACAGAAUAAUAAACUAAUUUUAUGACAAAUCAUACAUCUGCACACCUAUCUCUAUAACGCAUUAUAAAUAUGUGUAUAAUGCAUUAUAAUCACAUUAUAGCACUGUACAACUGUAGUUAUAAACACUCAUAAAUGAUCAUUAUGCUUUAUAGCAACAAUCAUAACUUAUUAUAAAGCAUUUUAUCAUGACUUACAAGUUCAGGUAUUAUAAUGUGUUAUAACUGUUAACAACUCACUGACAAUGCCCUCAUAGAUAAUGCAUUAUACAUAUAUUUACGAUGUGUUAUGAUUUACCUGACCUUGUAAGUCAUGAUAAAAUCCUUAUAAUGUGUCUUAAUUAUUGAUUUAAAGCAUUAUAAUCAUUUAUGAGUGUUUAUAACUAUAGUUAUACAGUGCUAUCAUGUGAUUAUAACACAUUUUACGUACAUUUAUUAUACGUUACAGAGAUAGGCGUCAAGUAAAGUGUUACCAAAAGAUCUCCUUUAGGGGCUCAGUUAGAUCCUUUAAAUCAAGAAUCCAUAUCAUGGAGUUCAGACAUAAAGUAUAAAAGGUCUCUUUGUUUUCUUUAAUCGUGUUUUAUCAUCUUUGUCUAAAAAAAAUCAAUAUCUAAAAGCUUUAUGAUUCAUUGUAGCUACAUCGAGUAAACAUUGCUGUACCUCUGCUUCUUACCAGCUCCAUUCAGACCUGCAGACACUGACAACAUUGUGCGCUUUGACUCCUUCGGUGACAGCAUUAGUCGCUACAACAUCUUUCAUUACCACCAAGAAGAUGGGAAGUUCAUCUACAGGAAAGUUGGCUACUGGGACCAGACCCUGACCUUGAACACUACCCUGGUACCCUGGCGAGGUCAAGGACCCCCUACCUCGCAGUGCAGCGACCCCUGCAGGAAGAAUGAGGUGAAGAGUAUGCAGCCUGGAGAUGUGUGCUGUUGGAUUUGUAUCCCCUGUCAGCCCUAUCAGUACCUGCAGGAUGAGUUCACCUGUGCUGACUGCAGCUUUGGUCAGUGGCCUCUGGCGAACUUGACAGGAUGUUAUGAUCUCCCUGAAGAAUACAUCCGCUGGGAGGACGCUUGGGCCAUUGGACCUGUCACCAUCUCCUGCCUCGGUAUCCUGUGUACUCUGUCAGUCAUUUGCGUAUUCUUCAAGAACAACGAGACACCCGUGGUCAAAGCAAGUGGACGGGAACUCUCCUACAUCCUCCUGUUGGGCGUGCUGAUGUGCUACCUUAUGACCUUCAUCUACAUCGCCAAACCCUCCACUGCUGUUUGCACCCUACGGCGACUCGGCUUGGGCACCUCAUUUGCAGUGUGCUACUCAGCUCUUCUAACCAAGACCAACCGAAUUGCUCGAAUCUUCAGCGGUGUGAAGGAUGGAGCCCAGCGGCCACGCUUCAUCAGCCCUGCCUCUCAGGUAGCAAUUUGUGGCGCUCUCAUCUCUUGCCAACUCCUGGUGGCUGUAAUCUGGCUGCUGGUGGAGGUGCCUGGGGUUCGGAAGGAGGUGAGCCCAGAGAGGAGAGAUGUGGUCACCCUCAAGUGCAACAGCAAGGAUUCCAGCAUGCUCAUGUCCCUCACCUACAACUGCGUCCUCAUCCUCCUCUGCACCAUCUACGCCUUCAAGACGAGGAAAUGCCCGGAAAACUUCAACGAGGCCAAGUUCAUCGGGUUCACCAUGUACACCACCUGCAUCAUCUGGCUGGCUUUUCAACCGAUCUUCUACGUCACUGCCAGCGACUACAGGGUAACUACCAAGAAAUAAUUCUAUAAAGUCAACUGCAUAUCAAUGACAAAUGUUCCCAGAGAUUUUUUAAAGCCAACUGUUGUAGAGUAACAUAAACAGAGUCUAUAAAUGACUAUCCCCAGUGUAUUCAGCACUCCUGGAGAAGAAGGUGUCACUUUAAGAUUCUAUUUGAUCACUGGUGCCCAAACCCUUGAAAGAGAAGGCUUUCUUUUCAUGUGGGUUGAAGGAUCUUUCAAGGCGAGAACAAAGACAACAGACAGAUCAGGUUGGAGUAAAUAGAUGCAAAUAAUUAAUGACAGUCAUACUGAUUCAUUGAAUCACAGCAUUAAUGACAUAUUUGAGCUGGAGAAGAUGAGCUCUUUAGAUUUAUUCAAGGGUUCAUUAUAAGACACAAAAGCCGUGAUUGAUGUAAUCUUCACUAUUCUUUCAUAGUGAUGUGCAAAGUGGUAUUAAAGGCUAUAGUAAAAAUUAUUGUAAGCAGCACGGAGUGAUGGCUUCUUCAAGGGCACUUCCUUCUUAAUAGCAAGAUGAAAUUUAAAGGUCCCUGAUUAAGAAAAAUCCACUUUUGGGUGAUUUUCGACCAAUAAUCUGCAUCCCACCGACAACCCCCCACCCCCCAACAUGAAAAAAUGUCAUUCUCUCCCUCUCUUGCUUUCCCCUCCUUUCUAAAAACAUGAGCGCAAACUGGCGAAUGGAAAAGCGGUUCUGACGACAUAACCGCAUAAACUUCCUCCUAGAAUACGGAAACAGGGAAGGAUGGAGCAUUUCGUUCAUCCUAUCCUAUCAUUUUGUCGGAAGCGGGGGACAUUACGGACGGACGCCAAACAGCUUUAGUCAUGAGAGAUAACUAUAAUAUUCCGCUUUUCAAAAUACUGGGUAUUCACCAAAAGAGCUCAAAGUAACAACGAGACAGCGGAGACUAAGCCGUCAGAUAAGCUAACCCACCUAACAAUGUAACAUAACACACUAACAAAGUAAAAAGACACAUAUUUGUAACCAACCAUUCAGAAAUGGUCAUAGGCAUCAGAGGAGCUAACACACGUAGCAGUGUAACAUAACACACUGAGUAAAAACACAAACAUAAAGACGCAUAAUAUUUGUAACCAACAAUUCAGAAACAUCCAGUUGCAGCCGUAGAGUUUGACUUUCUUCAGGAGCCUUUCCCUCUGCGUCAGACUAGGCUAAACCACAGCACUCCUACAAGCCAUCACACCGCACAGGCUGUAAACAUCCCAGCGCAUAGUAUCGGAGCAAAAGCGGCAGCCCCUUCCAGAGAGGGGCGUGGUUACACACAGCUCAUUAUCAUUUAAAGGUACAGGUGCAGAAUCAGCACGUUCUCAGAGGCGCUCAAAAAGAGGGGAGUACAGACGGGCUGAUAUCCACAAAUCAACUGGUUUUUUUAGACCAAAAACUUCAAAUUUACUAUUGUGGGACCUCUGGGACUGAUUCAAACUUGAUGAAAAAUGCCAUAAUAGGAGACCUUUGACAUUCCUUCUGCAGAGUUGUCACAAAUGGGCAAAGUUUUGCAGCCUUUAGCCUUUGCACUUAUUUACAUUAACCCUGUACUUAAAAUAAGACCGUGAAUUAAUGAAGUGGAUCUGCAUAUAUUUCCAAACAGGCCAGAAAUAAGAGUAUGAAUUUUUCAUUUUUCCCAUUUGUUAACAUAUAGCUGCAAGGUUAGAUUCAUGUAUUUCUCAGUGUAGCUGAGAGUGUGACAGAUGAGACAAAAAAAAAAAAAAAAAACAGGCACAAAGCUGACGGACCGUGUAAGUUAUGAGUGCUGUUCCCUGAGGACUCAAGGGUACUGCCACAGUGUUCGGUUGGGCUAUGCAACAAGGUCUUAGUUGUGCAGACAGAUAGAGGGGAGGUCCAGGAUCACACAAGCUUUGUAUCAUCAUGAGGUAUCCAGGGCUUCUCAUGUCCGUCGUAAACACUCUUUCUGGCACCCAAAGAUGAAUCAAAGGAAGAAAUGAAGCCAGCUGAACACUGUUGAAAAUAAGGCUUCAUGCUGGAGAGGCAGCACUCACACUAAUUGAAAGAAUGAGAGGCCUGGCACUGCAACAGAGACCUUGAUAAUUUGGUUCCAUGUGACACCAAUAAUAAUGGCUGUGGGUUCAGUCGCCACAUUUUAAAUUAGGAAUUGGACAGCACAGAAAUAUUCUAAUGAGAGGCUUGCCUUGUUGCUCAGAGAAUAAUAAAGAAGUCAAAAUUCCACAGACCUUUAAAGAUAUUUUAAUCUUUCAAACACCUUUCAUUGUAGGUAAUUUCAGAUCUCUUCUCUAUUUGAUUUUAUCCCUAUUUUAUAAAAAUCCACAUUAUUACCAGGGAGAGAAAAGUCUGCUUUUGUACCUUAAACUAACCAAUUUUACAUAUUCAUCCAAGUCCUCUGAAUUGGCAUGAUUUAUCAAAGAAAUGUUGAAUUAAAACAUGAACGGAAUAGUGUGCAGUUUGGUGAACAGGUGAUAAUGCGAAUCAGAAUUCCAUCCAAGGGGAGAAAGACCUUGAUGCAAAGCUGCGAUCAUAACUGUGGCUGACGGCUGUCAUUAUUUGAGGACUUCAAACCAUCCAGGGAUGAGGUUGUUUGUCCUUCCUCCUCCUUUUUAAAUGCUUUAAAGAACUACAAAUAUGAGACUUUUCGACUUUGUCAGGAACCUCUAUUUCAAUGAAAUAAAGACAACAAAAAUUAAAUUGACUUCAUUAUAAAACGCUCUUAUUAAAAUGAUAGCACUUGUUGUGUUAGGGUCACUGUUGACCCGGUUAGAUUAACAUCUAAUAAUAAUAUGUGAACUGUCAGGCACCACACUGACUGUCAGAUCCUCUUCCAAUCAUGUGAGAUUUAGGAAAUUCUCAUUUUGCCAUGUUUUUCCCUGUACAAAAAAUGUCCAGACAUGUGAGAUCAGUUCAGUAUAGAUGUCUUUGUGAGCUAUAUACUGACAAAGAAAGUACUACAAAAACUAUUAUAAGCAAUAUUUUCAUGGAUAAUGAAGCCUAACAAGGUAACCUAGAGAUGAGAACCAAAUUGGAUGAUAAAUAAUUGUUUUUAGUGUAAUUUGCAGCUGAUUUAAGACACGGGUCAAAACCGACCCGUUAACAUAGUGGGUGUGUAGUAAAAGCUAACACAGGGGGAGGGUUAUGAUACAAUGAUCAUUUCAUCAUUAAUAACAUCAUCCGAAUAUAAUGUUUUUGAUACAAACACAACCCUGGAGCUGCUUUUGUUAUUGAGUUUUAUUCAUGGUUGUUAGAGGGGGUUCAACCAAUCAGAAUCAAGUAUCUAACGCAGGUGUGUGAUAAUAAAUAACCCCAACUGUUCAGAAAUAUAUUAGGUUCGAGAAAUAAUUCCAAUCAGAUAUGAAAUAAAGCACCGGGAUGACAUCAAGUAAUAAAAUAAUAUAAGUGGUUUUCCUCUGUCCAUUUUAGGAAAGAAAUCCUGCACUGUUUACAAAAAAUUGCAUCAUCUCCUGUGGUUUCUGCACGAGUAUUUGCACAGUUUACUAGAAAUAAAUGUUCGAAAGACAUUUUUAUGGCUGAAAAUUAUCAGCAGUCGUAGACAAAGACAAGUGAUGUAAUAUUACCACCAGCCAUUGUAGUAGUUUCAACCACUUCUUUCUUUAGGUUUAAGCCUGGAUGUGUGAGGACUCCUCAUAUAUCUGCAGCCUUGUUGUUGUUGUGUGGUAUGUUUAGAAGGGAGGGAUAUCACUUCACGCUGUGGUUCUGCAAAUAGAAGUUUCUGGGCUGCAGGGGUGACCAGUGGGGUGGGAAGAGGUGGUGCUCAGAAAGAUGACCCCAGCAGUCAGCUCACAUUAGCAGCUGAAAUAUGACUAACAGAGCCGGGGCUCUCCUGGAGAGCUAGCUGUGCUUAUUCCACAUUCUUCUUCUUCCUCCUGCUUUUCUCACCCUCCUUCUUAUGCACAUACAGAUACAGCAUUAGAAUUACUAACAUGCAUAAUUGAAAACUUAACACACACAUAAAUUAUUCAAAAUGGAAAUAGAAAUACUUGCAUUGACUGAUAAACCCUUUGGACUUCAGGUGAUGUUUUUGUUUCUAGAGACUGUUGGGUACCCACUGAGCAAUACAUGGGUAUUAGACAUCUAGUUUUGUAGUUCUAGGUUUUUUUAGACCUAAUUUCAACCGUCUAGAUUCUGUAUGUUUUAGACGGAAUUUAGACGUUGCACUUUAACCCAUUAUUUAUUAACUAUUUAUUUCAAAAAGCAACUGUGAAUUUCAUAAUCGAUCUCUAAGUACUUAACCAAAAUAAUUAUGAUUGCCGUUGAGCAAUAUACAGUGUAGGAUAGAUAAAGCACAGAUUUAGAUUUAGCCUAAAAAAAACGUUAAACCUGUGGUAGCCUGAUUUUAGACCAGUUGUCUAGGUUACAUUUAGAUGUCUAUUAAACCUCUUUUAGACAAAAAAAAAAUGCUCAGUGGGUAGGGUUUCUGGAAAAGUCCAGGAGAGUUGAUUAGUUUUAAAGUGACUAAAUACAAUAAUAACACUCUGAUGUUUUCAUCACCAUUCAUUAUUGCUCAAAAAAUAACGAAUGUGGUUGAUGAUCUAAGCUUGGAGAGAUGAAACUCAAUCGAUUUUCUUCAUGUUAAAUUAAGAACUUACUGAGUUUUGUAGUUAGGAAAAGAUAUGACAGAGUAUCGAGAUUAAAGUUGUUAAUUUACGAGAAUAAAGUUGUAAUAAAAUCAUUACUUACGAGAAUUAAGUCGUAAUACAGCUGUUAAAAUGAUAGCCAUGGAGCAUUUUGUGAAAAUCUAAUUCAAUAAAGGUUUCUCAAACAAGGAGAUACUUAAUUUUUUGGCACAUCAGCACCACAUUGUCAUAAGUAUCAUAAUGAUUUUAUUAGGACUUUAGUCUUGUAAGUAAUUAUUAUAAUAAGACUUUAUUCUCGUUAAUUAUGACCUUAUUUUAAGUUAGUCGUAAGUUAACGACUUUAAUCUCAAAGUCCUAGUUUUUUGUUUCUUAAUGUGGCCCUAAUACUCCGUCGUAAAAACACCUUUCAGGGGUAUACAGAGAUGGAAAAGCAUAUGUAUUUAUUCAUAAUACAAUAAACUGAUGAUAUAUGGGAAAUUGUAGGAAAGGAGAGGUGUUUUUGCCCCCUAUGUUCAUCAAGAGGAGGUGGGAGAAGGAGGAGAUGAGGCGUUGUGUGGGCUGAAAGACAAUGGUAUGAUAAAAAGGAAGAGAUUUCAGAGGGAUUUUCAAAAACAGACUGGUCUGAAACACAAGCUGGUGUCAAAAAGGAAUUUCACUUGUUAAGUUUAAGAUUUUGGGUUAAAUUAAAGGAUGAAAUGAAUAAAGAUGUGGGUGAACUGACUGGAUCAAAGGCUGUCCUGAGCUAACAGGUGUGUGUAUGAAGGUUUGUGUGUGUGUUCAGUGUAUGUUUGAGAGCAGAGAAGCCAGGUGGUCUUUGAACAAACUUCAUUAGUCCUUUUGAAGACAAAAGGAAAGAUAUAAAUGCAGGCAGCUCUCCUUUUCAUCAGCCACCCACUCUCCCUGCCCCUCACAGGUGCAGACCACCACCAUGUGCAUCUCUGUCAGUCUGAGUGGCUCCGUGGUUCUCGGCUGUCUUUUCGCCCCCAAGAUCCACAUCAUCUUGUUUCAACCCCAGAAAAACGUGGCCUCACUCAGAGUCACAGCCAACCGCUUCAGUGCCACGGUGUCUGCUUCAGCCUCUGCCCCCAGCUCAAGCUACUCCAAAGGUACAAAGAUACAGCACACCUGUUUUCUUUACAAACUAUCAUUCAUUUUCAAAGAUGAACAACACACAUGAAUUCAUGUAGUUACAGGAAACUGUUCUCCAAAUCUAUACUUAGAUUACUGAACAUUUACUUCUUUUUCAAUCUAUGCUGCUUGUAAACAUGAAUAUAAGAGGUGUAACAAAAAUAAUUGUACUGUUUCAAACUUUGUUAAAUACUGUACAGUAUUCCCAAAUGUGAAACUGUGUUAUUAUUAUUAUUAUUAUUAUUAUUAUUAUUAUUAUUACUAUCAUUAUAAUUAUUAGAUUAAAAACGAUGCCAGAAAAAAAAAGACAAAAUACUGUAUAUGUUGGCACUUUCUGUCCUCUGUUUUUGCAUCACAGUGGCCAUACAAUUAAAUCCAGUCAUUAAGUUUCCUUUCAUGCCAGUAAGUCUUAUCUAAAGCUUCUUAAUGAACUAAUUCACGGCACAAACUUCAAAAAUUACACACACAUAUGCAAAGUUUACAUAGUGUGUCAGUUUAAAUCUCUUUUUAGAGCCAUAAAAGCUGAGAAAACCAACAAAAACAGGUUUUAAUCCAAAUGAGCCUUUUCAGGAUUAAUUAUCUUUUUACUGUUAUUUUUUCUCACCCAGACUCAGGGCAGUUCAGCCAUCAGAAAAUAAAAUUGUCGAGGAAGUACAGAGAUAUUUGUUGUCUCUGCCAGUACAGUAUGUCCUUUUAUUAGUAUUAUUUUAUUCUUUUUUUUAUAGGGGCCUUGUCAUUUAACAGAUAGAAUAACACAAUAAUAUACAGAAGUGGCUGAAUUAUGCACACAAACCUUAUGUAAGAGACAAUAUAAAGUGAGCAGGCUGCGAAGUUAAUUAGACACUUGAUGGAGUGAGAGUGAAAUGACUCUAAUUUACAAAACCAGCAGGUCACCAUAUAUUAUUCCACUUAUGACUUGGCUGCAAAAUAAAAACACAAUCGUGAGCACAAAAGAUUGAUGUAAAAGCGAUGAAUUUAUACAAUAUAUUUGAUCUCAUUGAACAGUCCCCAAAUAUGACAAAGAGUUUUAAUCAGCCUCCUCACUUCACAAAUUAACAUUUCACUGAACUGUUUAAGUUGUAAAGGUGUUGAGGUGUUGCACGCUGAGACGGUGCAGCAGCGGCUGACGACCAGCAGAGAGCAUCUGUGACUCUUUAUAUUUUAAGCCGUGUCCCGUUGACAAAUGCUUUAGCAUGUUGGUCGUGUUUCCACCUUUGCAUGAUAUCAGUGUUCAACAAAUAUUGCAAGUCGCGCUUUUGUCGUCUUUCUUUGUAAAAUGCAGCCACGCUUUUGAUCGUUUCUUUGAACCGUCCGCAAAGUUUUUUUCCUUAAAGUCUCUGUUCUUGUUCGCGUAGACUGUCGUUUUUCAAGGCACCCGCAAGAAAGGAAUCGUAAAGGGAAUCGUUAAGAUAAAAUGUAAAUGAUGUCGAUGGAUCAAACCAUUUGGAGCUGGUUCUCGAUUCCCAUUCCUAUUACAGGGUUAUGACCAAUCAGAAUGAAGUGUUAAACAUGACCUAGCAAUAAAACAGAAUAAAAGAACAAUUAAAAUCCCAGUUGUUGCUAUUUUAGAUGUAAAUUAAUUUUUUUGCAGCUUUAAGAGACAAAAACAAACAAAAAAACAGACCUGUGCCUUCCAUGUCCUUAAACCUCUGGGUUUUAUUAUCUCGACUUAACAGAGGUGUUUUCCAGCAGUGAAAAACUUCUAGCCUGGCUAACUUUGCUGUGUUUACUCUCCAAGGAUCAGCCUCCAACUACGUGCCAGCAGUUUGUAAUGGCCGCGAGGUGGUGGACUCGACAACAUCCUCUUUGUGA